CUUCCUUAUUUGUUCAAAUUUGCUUCCUCCUCUUCGCUUCAAUCACAUUCACACCACAAUUCCUCUCUCGUUGUUUUCAUCUCCCUUUUCAAAUUCUCUUCACUCUUUUCUCAGAGAAGAGAAGCGUUUCUGACUCCCAAGAUUUUCCGAUAUAACUAUAAACCGAACUUCUGAGGGAUUCACCAUUGUUUUCCAACACAUGCACUUUGGGAAACAUGGCUGGCCGAGAGCAUGAGUCAGGUAUUAUGCAGUGGGCUCUCAGUCUUUUUGAUGGCGAUCCAACUUAUAAUUCUGGCCAAUAUGGUGACAUGAUACAACAUGAUGAUAAUGACAUCUACCGCGGACAAUAUAUUAGAGGUCAAUAUGGUACUGAAUCUAAUUAUGUAGAGAAUGAUGCGAUCAUUGCAUACACACUUCAAGAAGAAUAUUCACGACUAUCUGUAGCAGAAUCAUCUGGAUACUCACAUGGAGAUGAACAACAAUCACAACCAUAUGCUCAUGUAGAUGAUUGGCAAGGUCUGCCCAGAAGGAAUUAUUGUUCAGAUGGUGAUUAUCCAAAUGAAAGAGCGUGUACAGUGGUGCCUUCUAGUUCAUGUUCUAGCCUGGGUCAGGUGGAGCUAAAUGAUGAUUGUGCAGCUGACUAUGAGGCAGGCUGGAGUCUUGAUGAAAUGAUGCCUGUUCCUCAUAUUCCAAGAAUUAAUGGAGAAAUUCCUUCAAGUGAUGAAGCAACAUCAGAUCAUCAACGACUGCUUGACAGACUGCAAUUAUAUGGUGUUGUUGAGCAUAAGGUUCAAGGAGAUGGUAACUGUCAGUUUCGUGCUUUAUCAGAUCAAUUGCAUCAGUCACCAGACCACCACAAUGAUGUGAGAAGGAAAGUCGUAAGUCAGCUUAAGUCUCACCCAGAAAUUUAUGAGGGAUAUGUUCCUAUGGCAUAUGAUGACUAUCUGGAGAAGAUGUCGAAGAGCGGCGAGUGGGGUGACCAUGUUACAUUGCAGGCUGCUGCUGAUUCGUAUGGUGUGAAAAUUCUUGUCUUUACUUCAUUUAAGGAUACAUGUUGCAUAGAGAUUCUUCCUAAUCUCCAAACAUCAAAACGAGUCAUUGUGUUGAGUUUCUGGGCGGAGGUGCAUUAUAAUUCAAUAUAUCCUCAAGAAGGUACACCCUCACAUGAUUAUAGAAAGAAGAAAAAGUGGUGGAUAUUUGGGAAUAAGAAUUAAGAAUCUUUGGACAGCAUUGCUAUUGCUGUUCCAGAACUGUGUUGAUCCUUGGUUCAGGACCCACCAGGCUGGAUCACCUCAUUGUUGAGUUAGCUUCUUUCCUUUUUGACAAACUUUACCAUAAACCUGGCUUGCAUGUGUGAAUUUUAUCAUCAUGCUAGAUCCGCCUUACAUUGAUCAGACCGUUAAAGUAGGAUGAUUAGUUUUUAAACAUGUUUGAAAAAGAAAGAAAUAUACACAAAUAUGGGAAUGUGAAACAUACAUAUUUAGAUAUUAGAAAUAAUAUAAAGUGCCGGUAUCAUGGAAAGUAUGCAAUGACAUUCUUUAUAAGGACAGAUGAAAGUCCAUUUAAAGCGGUCAUUGAGCAGUGAGCACUUUGAAAUGACAAGUACAAUAAUCGUGAAGCAAAUUGUCCUACCAUCUGUUUAUAGCCAUAGUGAGAUGAAGAAGGCAAACAUGUUGAGCAUGGACAAUGGUUAUAAUCUUUAGCGACAUAUAGAGAAGAGAAUGAAGGUUGUUAUAACCAUUCGGUCAUUUAUCUUGUACAGUUGAUUCUUUUGUAUUGGAUAAUAUAUGCUGCACUUGCAGCUUGAGGAGGCAUGCAGUGAUUUGAAGGAUAUUGUGCAAAUUGGACAACAAACUUGUCUUUGUAUGGUAUAUUUGUCAGAUAUCAUGCUUUUAUUUUACAAGUCUUGAUUGGAAGAAUUUUACUUUCUUCCUACUGAUACAGCGAUGCUUUAUCUUACAUUUUUUACCACAGUUUGAGCUACUUAGUUGCUCACCUGUAAACAUGUAACGGAUUAGAAGUAAUGAUAUAUAUAUUCAAGUAUUCAAUGAUUUGCACUUUCACACACUUUGUUGCCAUGUUACUGCAUCUUGUUCACUCAAUAAAACACUGCGCAGCCUGUGACUUCUAAGUGCCAACUGAAUUUGGAAGCUGGAGGCGACCCACUAUUACACUACCUACGAUAUUUACAGACUUACAGCUGCUGAAGUAUAUG